AUGGCACCUAGACUCCCUCCUCCACCACAGCCCAAUGAACCUGAUGCGCCCAACAACACUAGGUUGUUAGAAACGGUGAUCGAUAGGUUACAACAGCAGAAUACUACAUUGAUGGCACAGAACGCUACCCUAAUGCAGCAGAACGAGAAUGCUUUGCAGAGUUUGGAGGCCUCUCGCGCCAACUCUGAAGCUACACAGAGGCAAUUGAUGGAGAUCCUUGCUGCUACAAGAAACACACCGGGAGCGUCCUCUUCCAACGUUACCCAACAUGCUGAGUGGAGCUUGGAGAGUUUCCUUCAGCAUCACCCCGCAAAAUUCAGUGGGAAAUGCCUUCCUGACGAGGCUGAUCAGUGGCUGAGAGAUAUGGAACGGAUCUACAAUGCCAAGAGGUGCCCCGAUGAUAAUAGACUCGCUUUCACGGAAUAUAUGCUGACUGGAGAGGCCAGUCACUGGUGGACGAGCUUGAAGAUGAUCUUAGCAGACACUCAAAGUCCCAUCACAUGGGAAGUAUUCAGAAGCAAGUUUUAUGAAGAAUACUUUCCAGACAGCGUUCGUUUUGCCAAGGAAGUGGAGUUUCUGCAACUGGUUCAAGGUGGAAUGUUUGUUUCUGAAUAUACGAACAAGUUCAAGCACUUGGUUUGUUUCAACACUAUGGCUACCAGUGAGGAGUGGCAAUGCAUAAAGUUUGAAAAUGGGCUGAGGAGUGAUUUGAAGGUGUUAAUUUCCAGCCUGUGUAUUCAGUCAUUUCCUGCAAUGGUUGAGAGGGCCAAAGUAUUGGAGAAGAAUAUGGCAGAAGCAGAACAACAUAAGAAGCAACAACAGGUGGUUAGGGGAUCGAUCGUAUCAAGAAGCAAUAAUAAUCUGAGAAGGACCCCCUACACUCGUCCAAAUCAACCAACAAAUUCAAGUGGUUCUCAAGCGGUGGUCACUGUUGGACAGUCUGGGCAACCAGGAAACGUGACCUGUUUCCAAUGUGGAGGACCGCAUUACCUCUCGUCAUGUCCUCAAUUGAUGGGAGGAAAAUUCUGCGCUCGUUGUAGAAGAAAUGGACAUCUGUAA